UUGCAAAAUUAAUUUUAUUCGUAUUCGCGACGUACCGUAAGCAGGAACAAAACUUCUCACAAACAACACAGUGUUCAUCGGCAUUUAGAUUUUGCUAGCGCCAACUUUUUAGCUUUGGAAUAUAUUUGCGCAAUCAAAAAUAAUUAUGGCUUUUUUAAAUAAGCUUACGGCCACGCCUCUGCGUCAAUUGACAUCCCGCAGUUAUGCCGCACUUUCUCACGUCAUACCUACUGGACCCUCCUUCGGUAUUACCGAUGACCAAAAACAAUUUCAAGACCUGACACGCAAAUUUGUACGCGAGGAAAUUAUACCGGUGGCGGCUCAUCAUGAUAAAACUGGCGAGUAUCCAUGGGAUAUUAUCAAGAAGGCAUGGUCAUUGGGCUUAAUGAACAACCAUAUACCAGCCGACAUCGGUGGCAUGGACAUUGACUGUUAUACCAGUUGUCUAAUUGCCGAAGAGUUGGCAUACGGUUGCACCGGUAUCAUGACAGCGCUAGAAGCGAGUGGUUUGGGUCAAACACCUGUUAUCAUUGGUGGUAACCAAGAGCAGAAGAAGAAAUAUUUAGGACGCCUAUUGGAGGAACCUAUAGUUGCCGCUUAUGCAGUUACAGAACCUGGUGCCGGUUCCGAUGUUAACGGCAUUAGAACGAAAGCUGAGCGCAAAGGUGACGAGUACAUUUUGAAUGGACAGAAAAUGUGGAUCACAAACGGUGGCGUGGCAAAUUGGUACUUCGUGCUGGCACGCACCAAUCCCGACCCCAAAGCGCCCGCCUCUAAAGCUUUCACCGGCUUCAUUGUCGACCGUGACACACCCGGCCUUACGCCUGGUCGUAAGGAACAAAAUAUGGGACAACGCGCGUCUGACACACGCGGCAUCACUUUCGAAGAUGUACGUGUUCCCAAGGAGAAUGUGCUGAUCGGUGAAGGUGCCGGGUUCAAAAUCGCCAUGGGCACUUUCGAUAAAACGCGCCCACCUGUGGCUGCUGGUGCUGUCGGCCUGGCGCAACGUUGUUUAGACGAGGCAUUGAAAUACUCGUUGGAACGUAAAACUUUCGGUGUACCAAUCGCCUAUCAUCAAGCUGUACAAUUCAUGCUCGCCGACAUGGCGAUCGGGGUGGAAACAUCUCGUCUGGCUUACCGCUUGUCGGCAUGGGAAGUAGAUCAAGGCCGUCGUAACAGCUACUACGCUUCGAUAGCCAAGUGCCAUGCGGCGGAUAUGGCGAACAAGAUUGCCAGCGAUGCUGUACAGAUUUUCGGCGGCAACGGAUUCAACACCGACUAUCCCGUCGAGAAAUUGAUGCGUGAUGCUAAAAUUUACCAAAUAUACGAAGGUACAUCGCAAAUUCAACGUCUAAUCAUCUCCAGAAAUAUGUUGGAAGAGGCCAAACAAUCAGCUAAAUAAGUUAGGAAAUAUUUUUAUUUAUGUAAAAUAUGUAUUGAAAAAUCUAAAUUAAAUUUAUGUAAGUUUUUUACGAACUGCUUGAUUCUUUCAAG